AUGGACGGUUGGAACAAAAACGCUUCUUUCACUGCUUCCGCUGGUUCCAGCAGAAGUGGUGGUGGUAGAGGAAGAGGACUGGAGAAGAACGAUUGUCGGGAAAGAUCAAGAGGCCAAGGUGGCGGCGGUGUUUCUUCUGGCAAAGAUAAGAUUGAUGCUCUUGGCAGACUCCUAACUCGUAUAUUGCAGCACAUGGCUUUUGAGUUGAAACUGGACAUUAGGAAUGAUGGAUAUGUCAAGGUCCAAGACAUGCUAAAGUUAAAUCUGAAAACGCUUGCCGACAUUCCAUUACGCUCAUAUACAGUUGAUGAUGUUAGAGAGGCUGUCAGAAAGGACAACAAACAGAGGUUUAGCCUAUUGGAAGAAAAUGGGGAGCUUUUGAUACGUGCGAACCAAGGCCACACCAUAGCGACAGUUGAAACAGAGAGCUUGUUGAAACCCAUACUUUCACCUGAAGAAGUUCCAGUCUGUGUACAUGGGACCUACAAGAAGAACUUGGAAUCAAUUUUAGAACAUGGUCUCAAACGCAUGAAUAGAUUACAUGUGCAUUUCUCUUGCGGCUUGCCAACAGAUGGAGAAGUUAUUAGUGGGAUGAGACGAGAUGUCAAUCUGUUGAUCUUUCUUGAUGUUAGAAAAGCUUUGGAAGAGGGAAUGAAGCUUUACAUUUCGGACAACAGGGUGAUCUUGACUGAGGGUUUCAAUGGAGUGGUUCCCAUAAAGCUCCGGAAUAGGCCCCUAUUUGUGUUAUUUAUUCCCUGUUCACUGUCUCCCUUUGCUGCAUCCGUGCAUGCCUGUAUGAUUCUCCUUCACCAUGAAUCCUCCUUCAACCUCUCUCUGAUUUCUUUCAAUUUCAGGUCGCUUAAUAAAACUUUGGCUUCAACAAGUAAUGGGUUUUUGACUUUAUCAUGCUCUGCAAAAUGCAAAGACACUAUCAAGCUUAGAGAAUGUAAGUUCCAGAGCUCUAAAAUUGCAGAAUUAUUUUUGCUAUAUACUACUGAUCAUGUGUUAAGUUGA